UGAAAUUCAAAGCUUUUUCGCAGGUCCGUGACACAACGCCUGUGAUUCAAAGAAGGAAAGACACGGCGCAUCGUAUUAUUGGGACCCUGCUUUGAAGACGACGGAUAUUCUGGAAGGCGGACAAGUGAGAACCUAAACUGAAUGGGCCUGUUAAAACUUGGGUUUCGGAAUCAACACUUGCAUUUGCUUCACUUCGUUCCCAAAUCUUUCAAUGCCUCAAAAUCAACGUUUUGGGUACAAAAUCGGACCAACGAUAAGGGUACCAAACUCUCGGCUUUAUCUGAUACUCUCAGAAGUAAUCUGGUAAUAGCCAAGGCUCUGGGUACUGAAGCAGUAGCUAUAGCAGAACCGACAAAAAUGGUCAAAGCUAUCAGGGUUCAUGAAUUGGGUGGACCUGAGGUCCUUAAAUGGGAGGAUGUGGAACUUGAGGAACCCAAAGAGGGUGAGAUACGUAUUAAAAACAAAGCUAUUGGACUUAAUUUCAUCGAUGUCUAUUUCCGCAAAGGAGUUUAUAAGGCUGCUACCAUGCCCUUCACCCCAGGUAUGGAGGCUGUUGGAGAGGUGACAGCUGUGGGACCUGGACUAACCGACAGGAAGAUUGGAGAUGUUGUAGCUUAUGCUGGUGGUCCUAUGGGUUCAUAUGCUGAGGAGCAGAUUCUUCCAGCGGACAAAGUUGUUCCGGUUCCUCCUUCUAUUGACCCUGUUAUUGCUGCAUCCAUCUUGCUGAAGGGUAUGACCACCCAGUUUCUAGUACGUCGUUGCUUCAAGGUUGAAUCUGGUCACACAGUUCUUGUUCAUGCUGCAGCUGGCGGGGUUGGAUCUUUAUUAUGCCAGUGGGCACAUGCCCUUGGUGCCACUGUUGUUGGAACUGUCUCAACCAAAGAGAAGGCAGUUCAAGCAAAGGAAGAUGGAUGUCACCAUGUCAUAAUUUAUAAGGAAGAGGAUUUUGUUUCCCGUGUCAAUGAGAUAACAUCAGGCAAGGGGGUUGAAGUGGUAUAUGAUUCUGUGGGGAAAGAUACCUUUCAGGGCUCCUUGGCAUGUUUAAAGCCUCGUGGGUAUAUGGUGAGUUUUGGGCAGUCUUCUGGUAUACCAGAUCCAGUUCCAUUGCCUGCACUUGGAGCAAAAUCUUUGUUCUUGACUAGGCCUUCCAUGAUGCAAUACACAUCAACUCGGGAUGAGCUGCUGGAAACUGCAGGGGAGGUGUUUGCAAAUGUUGCAUCAGGCAUUUUGCGGGUGCGUGUGAAUCACCAGUACCCUUUGUCCCAAGCAGCACAGGCACAUGAAGACCUUGAGAAUCGUAGAACAGCUGGAUCAGUUGUGCUUAUUCCAUGAGGCAUCAGAAGAAAUCUCUAUUAUAUUCUAAUUUGUCUAUGAACUCUGUUUGCAUGAAAAAUAAGUUAGUUUAUUGUAACAUGUGUGGUUAUGUGAGAACUUCAACUCCAGAUAUGACACUGUAUGUUUGAAGGUUUGAAACUGAUGUCCUCUUUGAGGAACUGUUAUAUACCUCACCUUAUUUAUGG